UAUGCAUGUAUUGGUUGACAUUGCAAGUGCGUCGGCGAAGGACAGACAAGUGUAAAGGAGCCGGUGUUUGAAAAACAAAGCAGAAGUGUAUUAAUCUAUAUUUUGUGCAGUUUUAGAUCCAGAUUAUUUACGAGAGUACCAUCAGCAAUGGCUUCAAGAUCAUCCCAAUAUCGGAAGCGUCGUCGCUUUAUGGAAGAAGUUGAGAGAGAAAUAGACAAUGAGAUCAAUAAUAUGGAGCCUUCCUCACCUGUCAUGGUUCCGGCAUCGACGAGCAGGAUGUUCAACGAAUUGCAUAGUACUGAUAGCAACUUAGGUGCGAAUGUAGAGUGUAGCUUUAGCAUAGAUGUAGAUACUAACAAUACUAACAAUGACAGCGCUGCAACUGUUGACGAAAAUAAUUUGGAUGAUAUAGAAGAUGAACAGGAAGAAUGUGCUGAAGAUUUUUAUGAUGCUUAUAACUAUUUGAAUGAUUUUCAAAGUUUAAAAGAAGCUUUGAGAUAUUUGGCAAUAAUGGGUCAUCUUUCUCGCAACUUUCUCAACUUGCUUCUAGCAAUUUUAAGAAAAUUUGGUCAUCCUGAACUUCCUAAAGAUGGUCGUACUUUACUAAAAAUUCCUAAAGUUAGCCAAGAGAUUCAGCAUAUAGCAGGUGGACAAAUGUGGUACUCAGGGAUAGAAGUUGGCCUUCGAAAUUAUUUUAGGAAUCAUGUUCCAGAGGAAAAUAAGUUUUCGUUACAUAUUUUUAUCGAUGGGCUUCCUCUUUUCAAAAGUAGUGCUACACAAUUUUGGCCAAUUCUUUUUAAAGUAAAAGAAAUUCCCGAUUGCCCGGUAAUGAUCGCAGGUGUAUUUUGUGGUCAGAAAAAACCUACCGACUUAGAGCCUUAUUUGCGACAGCUCGUAGAUGAAUUAAACAAUUUGCAAGUAAUAGGCAUGCUGUUUGGAGAGAAAGUUGUAAAAAUUUUUGCCAAGGCUUUUGUCACCGAUACCCCUGCGCGGGCCUUUAUAAAAUCGGUAAUGUACUUUCCGGCAAAACAUGGGUGCACAAAGUGUACUCUCGUUGGAGAGUUUGUAAAACCGGAGCGCAAAGUAAUAUUUUGUUCACCACAACCUGCUCCAUCACGUACAGAUGAAAGUUUUCGACAAAGACACGAUACAGAGCAUCAUAAACAAAUUCGAUCUCCUUUAGAAGAGAUUGGUGGAUUAGAUAUGAUCAAAAGUUUUCCCACUUCUGAUCGACUUCAUCUUAUCGAUAUUGGCAACACUCGUAAAAUUUUGUACGGCCUUUUUCAUCAUAAAUUUAUAAGUUUUGUAAUAUGGUCUAGUGAACACAAGAAAAAUGCCUCUCACUUUUUGAUGAAAACGAAACUGCCUUCUGAAAUACAUCGACCAUUUCGAUCUCUUGACACUCUUCAGUAUUGGAAAGCAACUGAAUUUAGGUCUUUUCUACACUAUAUUAGCCCUGUUAUAUAUAAAGAUUUUAUGCACAGUGACGGCUUUAACCAUUAUUUGCUCUACUUUUGUGGCAUAACUAUUUUCUCAUCGUCAGUAUAUAAAAAUUUAAACCCGCUUGCAAAAAGAAUGCUUCAACAAUUUGUUGUUGAUUUCCCACUGUACUAUGGUCGCACCCAUAUGAGCAGCAAUGUGCACAAUCUUCUCCACGUAUUUGAUGACGUUGAAGAACUUGGUCCAUUGGACGAUUGGUCUUCUUAUGAUUAUGAAAACUUUUUACAGUUUAUUAAACGAGAUGUUAAGACAGGUUCAAAAUGUGUGGAACAAGUAGCGGGCAGAUGCAAGUUAUAUGCCUCAAUUAAUGUACAUCAUGGUCCCAAAGAAAAGAAAUAUCCCUGUUUGACUAUAGAUGGCUGUGGACUACAUGUAACUGAAAGCUUUGUUUUAAAACCAAAAUUUCGGGAUCAAUGGUUUUUAACAAAAUCAAAUGGUAUAGUGAAAUUUUUGAGAGCAGAAAUCUCUCCGCAGAAUUCGUUGGUUAUCGUUGGAAUCAAGUAUGAUAAUAAGGAAAAUUAUUUUACGGCUACAUUUAAAGAUAAUGUAUCUUUUGUAGCGAUACAGUCUAGUGAACUGAACAUUCAUAAACUAAAUUCUUAUUCACCAUCUACUAUGGUGACACUUGACCUUAAGUCUAUUAAAUGUAAGUUAGUUGCCGUUAAUUUACCCCCUCGUCCUCUUGUGUACUUUGAUGUUGAUGAAUUUCAAGAUUCUAUGCCUCCAUCUGUAUUAUUUAUUCCAUUAUUACACACUUUUCUUCCGAACUAACCAUAUUUUUUAUCUUAAAAUCAUGAUUGUGACUUGUUUUGUCUUAGUGUAAAUUAUAAUGUUAUUGAUUUUUUCAAAGGUUUACGGGUUUAUUUCAAAACUUUUGGUGGAGGGUAUAUCAUAGUAUGUAUAAUAUAUCAUAUAAUGUAUUAUGUAGAGGGUUUAGGUUGACGAUGUAUUACAUCACAUUUUGAAAGAGGGUACAUCAUAAUAAAAGUAUAAACUAGUUUUCAUUACAGA